CUUGUCGAGCUUCAAAAAGAAAUGGUCCAUUGGGUCCUAAUCACGAGCCCCAUUUUUGAUAACCCUAAAAAGAGAAGCCCCUCUACUUGUUUAUGAGCGUGUUUCAGUCCCUGUGAGAACCGAGAACCGGCGAGAGAGAGACUGGAGCAGGUUUGGGUUCAGCUCCUGCUUUGCAAAUGAUGAUGAUGCGGAGAAGCACCGUCACAGCUUCUGCUUUUCAGCUUCAACAACGACAAAUGGAAAUGGGUAAUUUUCCUAAACUCCCUUCUUUCUUAUUCUUCAUUCACCAGCACAUCACUACUUCUGCAGCUUCUACCACCAAAAUUAGUCCUUCCUCGAGAAACAACGGUGGGUCUUGUAAUAAUUAUAGCACACUUCAUAGUGUUGCCGACGCCGUUGCUUCUUUCAAUGAGUUGCUAAGCAUGCGUCCAAUGCCACCCGUUGUGGAAUUUAACAAGUUAUUAGGGUCCCUCGUGAAAAAGAAACAUUACUCAACUGUAAUUUCUCUCUGCAAACAAAUGGAUUUGUCAAAUACCAGACCUGAUGUGUAUACUCUUACCAUUUUGAUUAACUGCUUCUGCCAUUCCAACCAUGAUCAUUUUCAUUUUGCUUUCUCUGUUUUGGGUAACAUGUUCAAACUUGGUCUUCAACCUAAUCAUGUCACUUUCAGUACCCUACUUAACGGCCUUUGCUCUAAGGCCAAAAUCAUUGAUGCUGUAAAAUUGUUUGAUGAGAUGGUAAAGAUGGGGUACGAACCUGAUGUGAUUACUUAUAGUACUCUAAUUAAUGGUUUGUGCAAAAUGGGCAGCACGACCAUGGCAAUCCAGUUGCUCAGGAAGAUGGAAGAAAGAGGUUGCAUGCCAAAUGUGGUGGUAUAUAGUACAAUCAUAGAUAGCCUUUGCAAAGAUAAACUCAUAACUGAAGCCAUGGAAUUCCUAUCUGAAAUGGUCAAUCGGGGCAUUUCACCAAAUGUUGUUACCUACAGCUCGAUUCUGCAUGGUUUUUGCAAUUUGGGCCGAUCAAAUGAAGCAACAAGCUUGUUCAAGCAAAUGGUUGAAAGGAAUGUUAUGCCAGAUACGGUGACAUUCAAUAUCUUGGUUGAUGGACUUUCUAAAGAAGGGAUGAUUUUAGAAGCUCGGUGUGUUUUUGAAACGAUGAUUGAAAAGGGUGUGGAACCAAAUGUUAACACUUACAAUGCUUUGAUGGAUGGAUACUGUUCGCAAAGCCAAAUGGAUGAGGCCCAAAAAUUGCUCAACAUCAUGGAUCGCCAGGGUUGUGCACCUAGUGUUCAAAGUUAUAACAUAUUGAUCAAGGGGCACUGUAAGAGUGGAAGGAUUGAUGAGGCAGAAGGACUCCUUGCUGAAAUGUCUCAUAAAGCAUUGACUCCUGAUACUGUCACUUUUAGUACUCUUAUGAAAGGUUUUUGCCGAGAUGGGAGACCUCAGGAUGCACAGAAGCUUCUUAAGGAGAUGUGUUCUUAUGGCCUGCUUCCAGAUUUGAUGACCUACUCCAUUGUGCUAGAUGGCUUAUGCAAACAAGGCCAUUUGGAUGAGGCAUUCGAACUGCUCAAGGCAAUGCAGGAGAGCAAGAUAGAACCUAAUAUUUUCAUUUAUACCAUCCUUAUUCAAGGGAUGUGCAAUUUUGGCAAGCUUGAAGCUGCAGGGGAACUGUUCUCCAAUCUUUUUGUUAGAGGAAUACAACCUGACGUGGUUACAUAUACUGUUAUGAUCAGUGGACUUUUGAAAGGAGGACUACCAAGUGAAGCAUGUGAGUUGUUUAGAGAAAUGGCAGUUCGUGGCUGCUUGCCGAAUAGUUGCACUUACAACGUUAUAAUCCAAGGAUUUCUUCGAAACGGUGACACAUCAAAUGCAGGACGACUAAUCGGAGAAAUGGUUGGUAGAGGAUUCUCUGCAGAUUCGUCUACAUUUCAGAUGUUAUCGGAUCUGGAAUCGAGGGAUGAAAUCAUAAGUCUAUUUAUGUGUGCAAGCUCUCAAGGUAGAAAAAUGAAGUAAAAUCUUCCUAUCAAGUGUAGUUUUCAUCAAAAUAGCUUUUUGUACACAAAAAUAUAUUGUGAGAACGAAAACACCUUGCUAAAUUAGAAAGAGCUAAUUAGCAUUUGAAAAACACUAUAGCUGUAAA